AGGAGCCGGGGGAGGAGGCAGGCGCGGGGGCCGGCGUCAGAGUCCGGGGUUCGGUCUGCGGGGCGAUCGAGUGCUGGACCGGCGGCGGUCCGGUGCGCCCCGGCCAGCGCGCGCCAGCUGCUCUGGGUACCCCAGGCCGAGGCGCCGGCGGCUGCGGCAAACCGGUGAGGUGGGCAGAGGGGGGCUCGGAGGGCGCCCUGUGCGCGGAGCAGGCGUGAGGCAGCCGGGGGCCGGGACGCCAUGUCCAUGGAGGACCCCUUCUUUGUGGUGAAAGGAGAGGUACAGAAAGCAGUCAACACUGCCCAGGGAUUAUUUCAGAGAUGGACAGAGCUCCUCCAGGAUCCUUCCACAGCAACGAGGGAAGAAAUCGACUGGACCACCAACGAGCUGAGAAACAACCUCCGGAGCAUAGAGUGGGAUCUCGAGGACCUUGACGAGACCAUCAGCAUAGUUGAAGCAAACCCUAGAAAAUUCAACCUCGAUGCAACUGAAUUGAGUAUAAGAAAAACCUUCAUCACAAGUACUCGGCAAGUUGUCAGGGACAUGAAGGAUCAGAUGUCAGCUUCAUCUGUGCAGGCAUUAGCGGAACGAAAAAACAGACAGGCACUCCUAGGGGACAGUGGUGGCCAGAACUGGAGCGCAGGAAAGAUGGACACAUCCGGGCGCCUGGACCGUGAGCUCCAGCUGGCCAACUCCCAUUUCAUCGAGGAGCAGCAGGCUCAGCAGCAGUUGAUCGUGGAACAGCAGGAUGAGCAGUUGGAGCUGGUCUCUGGCAGCAUCGGGGUGCUGAAGAACAUGUCCCAGCGCAUCGGAGGGGAGCUAGAGGAACAGGCGGUUAUGUUGGAUGAUUUUUCUCAUGAGUUGGAGAGCACUCAGUCUCGGCUAGACAAUGUGAUGAAGAAACUUGCAAAAGUAUCUCACAUGACCAGUGAUCGGCGCCAGUGGUGUGCCAUCGCCAUCCUCUUUGUGGUCCUGGUGGUCGUGCUGGUCUUCUUCUUAGUGCUGUGACGGCGGCCCGGCGCGGCUCCUCCUGCUCACGAACCCCGGGGGAGGCGGGAAGCAGCACCCCAACGUUGCCGUCUCUUCACACUCCUCUCUGGAAAACAGCCUGCACUGACUUUCCUCCUUGUGACCCCACCACUGAGAUAGCUGCUCUGACCCGGUGCUGGCAGGGCCGCUGGGAAGAGGAAGCGAUGACUGCGCUCCCGGGGCCACCUGUCCUGUCCUGAGGACGGCUCGGCACUGCUUGCCUCUGGGGCCUCGGGCCCCCGGGACAACCUCUGAGGAAUCCGGAAAAGUUUGCAGACUCCACUAGCGCUUGCUAUUGCUCAUUCCAUCCAUCUUUGGCAGCUCUCCCCCCCCCCCCCCCGCCAGCUCAGACAGCACACCGCUGUCCCAUCCCCGAGAGCGCCGUCAGGAGUGCGGGCUCCCGGGCAGGUCUCAUUUCCCAUUGCGGCAGCAGCCCUUGGCCCCCCCAAGAGCUGGUUGCUAAUGGGGACGCAAGGCCCAGAAGCAGUUUGUGACAGAAGACGCAGUGAUCCAUUUUUCAGGGAUAAGUGCUGGGAUAAAAUUGCUUUUCCAGGCUCAUUAUUCUGUGGUAGAAAUAACUAAUGAAAAAUAACGGAAAGCACUAGGCUUUGGGGGUGCUAACAGCUGGGGCUUGAACCGAAGGGAGGAGAGGGUAGCAGGACCCAGGGUUUGCACAGCUGAGGGAAGGGUGGGUGAGGUUGCGGGAGAUCAGAGCCUUGCCAAAUUCAUGUUGCUAUCCUGGUGCACCUUGUAUUUUGAGGAUGCCCCUUACCCGUGUGGUGCAGCUUAGCCGCACACUUGGGUGGUCUGGAUCCGGGGCCAGCCUCAUGGCCGGUUAGGUCAUUCCUGUGGCACUCUGCAUUGGGGGGGGGUGGUUAGUACAUUGGCAGUGUAGCGACACUCAGAAACCCUAAUGACCAAAAAGACUAGUUCUGGACCGGACUUUUCUUACCCUGUGAGUAAUGGCAAGAAUGGGUAGGUGAACUUGGGUGGGGUUUUUUUCCCCCUAAGAUGACGACUCAGUUUUUUUUUAAUCAUCCAAAUAACUGAGCCAAUCCAAAUUUAAAGAACGGAUGCUUUAAUUGAGUUUUAGUAGCUGAAACUGCUGAGAUGCUAAACUUCAAGCUUCCGAUUUUUUAAACACCUCCAGCAUCCCAGCGUCUAUAGGAUAUUUUUAUAACCUCCCCGAUGCCGUCACCAAUGUUGAAGCAGCAGCUGACCCGGAGCCCUGCGGCAGGGGCCACUCCCCCUCCACCUUCUGCACUUGGAAAGCACAGCAAUGUCUGGAUAGAGCUCUAGCUUUGACUUCCUGUUUCCUCAUCUGUUGGGGCCCAUUCCUCAGCACACUCUAUUUUUUUUUCCUUUUUUUCAUGUUUUGUCUGUAUUUCUUGGGGUUUUUUUGUUUAUUUGCUUUGGGCUUCCUCCCCCCCUUUUUUGUGAUUUGCAAUAAUGUACUUGCCCAGCUGACUUAUGAAUUGCACUUUUUAAUAAAUAUUUGUAACAAUUUUUUAAAGAAGGGUAUUUUCUCAUGGCUAGGAUCAUGGUAGGUAAGGAAAUCUGCCUCUUAAUGAAAGCUAAAAGCAGAUUUAUAAAACUAAAAGGGUGGUUGACAUCCACGUUUACACUCAACUCUAUUUGAUAUAUAAAUAAGUUAUUUUUUUCAAGUUAGCAAAAAAAAUAACUACAAAGGGCUUCAGACGUUGGGUACUAGAUUAUUUGUUUUACAAGUUUUGAGACUCAUUCAAAUAGUCUUCUCUAAACUUAGAACAGGGAUGGUCCUUAGAUUUGCAUUAAAACGUAUAGGUCUUUGUUCGCCAUAAAUGGGGACCUUGUCUCAGUACUGUAAUCCACAAUCCGCACUACCAGAGGCAGCCGGCAGCCUAAUGACCUAUAUGAUCAUGCCAUUUAAAAGCCAUGCUCUUCUCCUGCUAUGAUCAGGUUUACUGUGCCCCACACAACUAACUGUCAUGUGUGUCCGUGGGGCUUGUUGGGAACAUGCCUGGUCAUUAAUGAGUACGAUGCUUCCCUGAGGUGGGGUGGGGGGCCAAGUGUUGUGACCCGGAGACUUAAUUACUAAAUGUCUGGAUAGAUUUAGAAUCGGCAUGAUGACCUCACUUAAUUUCAAGUGUUUGCUAAACAGUGGCUAUUGUAGACCAGACUCCCGCUGACGCAGACUAGGGAAUUAUUUAGGAGGAGAAAGUUUAAGAUACAAGCACCGCCCCUGUCUCCGCGCCUCGAAGGAAUGCUCUUUAACAUGGCAGCCUCUUACCGUAACUGUCCGCGCCAGCUCUGCCCCCAGCAGAGCUUCAGCCCCGCCAGCAUGGUCAUGGCCUGACCCUGUUGUGCCCGAAGUGGGCAUCACUAUAGACGUCUCCGCUCAGAAUGCAAACCAGGGCAGUCCGAGGGAAUAAGCCAGGGGCUUAGGCUGAUUUUUGAGGAUAAGUAUUUCCUCAUCAGCGAUCCUAACACUGCCGGGCUUUUGGGGGCACCUACGUGGCCCCCCUGCCCGUAGAAUGGGGAGAGAAGUAGACCCUGGUGACCCUCUGCACUGCUUAGAGGCACAUCCUGCAGUGUGUGGGCUUUUUCCUGCAGCCUCUGCACCUCGACACAUAUCAUUUCUAAGGAACUGGCAGAAUAUGAUGGAUACAAGGAGAGCUCAGCUUACGUUUAUCGGUUUAUUGGAAGAACGUGUUUCUAAUCAGCUGAUUUGGGGGGUAGAUUGGGGGGAAUGAACCAUUGAGAGAGUUUGCCAGAGUGGGGAUCCAGCUGGAAAACUGAAAUACCUUUAGUUUUUAGUCCUAAUUUUUCAUCUUGCCUUUGUGCGGACUGCGCGCUCCCAGCGCUCUGUGGGUGCCCGCUGCUGGGUGGCAAUUGGAAGUCGCAGCGUGUGUGUUACACGAGGAUCUUCACGCCAGAGCCGAAGGGGGAGAAACUUGGUGGCUUGCCCAUUAUUCUCUGCUUUUAGCCAGAGUUAAACAGACUGAUGGGUCUGGUAGCCAACCACUUGGCAACUCCCACUCCUUCUCACCUCGUGAGAAUCAGGGCUGUGAAGAGAAAUCUAGUCUAACUCCAACAGAAAUCUGUCUCUGUGAAGUGUUUUACCUUCUGUAAGUGAAGGUGGCAGAGCCAAGAUCUUUCUUUUGGUAAUUUCCCUGGCUAUAAAGUGAGACCGUUACCUUUCUAGAGAAUUCACAGCAUUUGAAGAUCUAGGAACUGAAUUACAUAGAAGAGCUGCUUUUCAGCUCAGUGGGCUCAGACUGCUUGGCUUCGCCUCGUGCUGCAGGAUGAACUUGGAAGCAGAACAGCAGCGGGCCGGCCCGAGAAGCGCAAGUUGUAAAACACGGCAUGCACUACCUCCCUUUGUCUUCCUCUAGCUGCCAUGUCUUUCUUAUUU